AUGCAAGAAAUCAUUGAUCAAUUUGCUAUUGACAAAGAGAAGAUGGAAAUUAUUGUUUCUAAACUUUUAGAAGAGAUGGAAAAUGGACUUCAAAAUAAACCAAGUACUCUUCAAAUGCUUCCAACGUAUGCUCCUAUUCCUACUGGAAAAGAAGUU